UCAAUAUCGCGGUAGAUUUUAAGCUUGCGCUACUUUCGAUGACGCGACGACAUUCGGAUAAGUCGGAUGAAUUAUCAGAUUUAUCAGAAGACGAUUAUGUCCCCUAUGUACCCGUAAAGCAGAGGAAACAACAGGAGUUGACAUCACUCCAACGUGUCUUAGGAAAUCUUGCUUACACUGAAGUACCUGAAGAGGAAUUAGACGCAGCCAAUGCAGCAGAACAAUUUGAAGAAGAUGGUGAAGAUGGAGUAGCAAAAAAAUCCUCUGAUGAUAAUCAUGGACCUAAUGCACAAGGUAGUCUAUUCGACAGAAUGUGGGAACUUAAACGAAAGGCUGAAGAAAGAAAGGAGACAGAAAGAGAUAAAAAAUUAAAAGAAGAGGCAAAAAUUUUAGAAAGUGUCGCUGAAAAGACUGCUUUGAAAGGUGUUGCAGAGUUAGCGAAAGGUAUUCAGUAUGAUAAACCAAUCCAGACUAGUUGGGUACCACCUGUAUACAUUCGCGAACAAAGCAAUGAGAAAUCUGAGGAAAUUCGUAAGAAGCAUCGAAUUCUAACUGAAGGUGAUGAUAUACCCGCUCCAAUACGCAAUUUUACUGAAAUGUGUUUUCCAACUCCUUUAAUUGAUCUACUAAAACUUCGUGGGAUAAAAAGGCCGACUCCAAUUCAAAUGCAAGGUUUACCAGCUGUAUUGAGUGGUCGAGAUAUGAUCGGGAUUGCAUUCACUGGAUCUGGGAAAACUAUGGUGUUUUCUAUCCCUAUUAUUCUAUUUUGUAUGGAUCAAGAGCAAAAAAUUCCAUUCAUCCCAAAUGAAGGCCCGUACGGUUUAAUCCUAGGUCCAUCUCGUGAAUUAGCUCGACAAACACAUGAAGUAAUUUGUGGUCUAGUUGAUGGCUUAGUGAAAAGUGGAUUCCCGCAUAUUCGUUGUUCUUUAUGUAUUGGAGGUAUGGCUGUUAAAGAUCAAGCAGAAUUAGUCCGAAGAUCUGGUGUGCAUAUUUUGGUUGCUACACCAGGUCGUUUAAUAGAUUUGCUUCAACGGAAAAUGAUUAAUCUAGAAGUAUGUCGAUAUCUUGUUUUGGAUGAAGCAGACAGAAUGAUUGAUAUGGGUUUCGAAGAAGAAGUUCGGACGAUAUUCUCUUAUUUCAAGGGCCAACGUCAAACUCUUCUCUUCUCAGCUACUAUGCCAAAGAAAAUACAGAAUUUUGCUAAAUCAGCCUUAGUAAAGCCGGUUACUGUUAAUGUUGGUCGAGCCGGUGCAGCUAGUAUGAAUGUUACUCAAGAAGUAGAAUAUGUGAAACAUGAAGCAAAAAUUCCACAUUUACUUAGUGCUUUGCAAAAAACUCCACCUCCUGUUAUUAUAUUUGCUGAACGUAAACAAGAUGUCGAUGCUAUACAUGAAUAUCUUUUAUUAAAAGGUGUUGAAGCGGUUAGUAUACACGGUGGAAAAGAUCAAGAUGAACGUGUAUCAGCUGUCACAGAGUUUAGAGCUCAUCAUCGUGAUGUUUUAGUCGCUACAGAUGUGGCUAGUAAAGGUUUAGAUUUCCCUGAAAUUAAUCAUGUCAUCAAUUAUGAUAUGCCAGAAGAUAUUGAAAAUUAUGUCCAUCGUAUUGGUCGUACUGGUCGUGGUCAUCAACGUGGUUUAGCGACAACUUUUAUUAACAAAUCAGUUGAUGAAUCUACUCUAUUGGAUUUGAAACAUUUACUCAUAGAAGCUAAUCAACCAGUACCAGAAUUCCUUGUUGAAUUAGCCUCAGCUACAGAAGCGGAACUUGAAAUGGGUGGUGAAGUUGGCUGUGCUUAUUGUGGUGGUUUAGGCCAUCGUAUUACACAUUGUCCAAAAUUAGAAGCUAUGCAGAAUAAGGCUGCUGUGAAUUUAGGCCGUAAAGAUUUCUUAUCAUCUGCAGAUUAUUGACAAAAUUUUGUCUUUUGUAAAUUUAAGAUUGAAUAUUUAAUAUUUAUUGUAAAUAGUUUUGUAAUAAUUAAUUAAUUGUGUACAUAAAAUCCUCUUGUGAAAUUA